AUGGGAAACUGCGUGUCGGCGCAGGACCGCGAGGCCCAGCUACGCUCCCAGGAGAUAGACAAACGGAUCGAGGAGGACUCGCGCAAGCUCAAGAAGGAGUGCAAGAUCCUCCUCCUCGGCUCGGGCGAGUCUGGCAAGUCCACGAUCGUCAAGCAGAUGAAGAUCAUCCACCAGAAUGGCUACACCCCCGAGGAGCGCAUGACCUACCGCCCUACGAUAUACAAGAACCUCCUCGACUCCGCCAACCAUAUCAUCGGUGCCAUGCGCAAGCUCUCCCUCGACUGCGAGGACCCUAACAACCGCGCGCAGCUCGACAGGAUCACCGGCUACCAGCUUGACCCAGAGCCCACGUCCGUCUUUGCCGAGGAUAUUGCACAGGCGAUCUACGACCUCUGGAAGGACCCGGUCAUCACCAAGGUCAUGGACCACAGUAGCGAGUUCUAUCUCAUGGACAGCGCGAGCUAUUUCUUCACCGAGGCCCUCCGAAUAGGGACCGCGAGCUACGUGCCGACAGAGACGGACGUGCUCCGCGCUCGAGCGACAAGUAGGGGCAUCACCGAGACACGAUUUACAUUAGGGCCGUUAUCAAUACACAUGUUCGACGUUGGGGGCCAGCGGUCAGAACGAAAGAAGUGGAUCCACUGCUUCGAGAGUGUCACGAGCAUCAUCUUUUGCACUGCGUUGAGCGAGUACGACCAGGUCCUGCUCGAGGACAAGACCCAGAAACGGAUGGCAGAGUCGUUGAUCCUCUUCGAGUCGGUCAUCAACUCAAGAUGGUUCCUCCGGACAUCCAUUAUCCUCUUCCUGAACAAGAUCGACGUCUUCAAGAGCAAGCUGCCGAAAGUGCCACUAGAGCGCUACUUCCCCGAGUACACGGGCGGCCCCGACAUCAACAAGGCGGCCAAGUACAUCCUCUGGAGAUUCAUGCAGGCAAACCGGGCACGACUAAGCGUGUACCCACACUUGACACAAGCGACUGAUACGUCAAAUAUCCGGCUCGUCUUUGCGGCCGUGAAGGAGACGAUCCUCCAAAACGCGCUCAAGGACUCAGGCAUCCUCUAA